AUGCCCACCUCUGGCGACUACUUCAAGAGGGUCAUCCUCUGCAAUUCUCUACUCUGGACCUGUGAGUUGACAGGGAAGCCAAAUCUCACCUUUCAAGAGGCCCUGGAGUCUGAGAGAAAGGCUAGAAAAUGCCUGAAAACCUUACCAAAACAGCUGAAGCGGUCAUUGAUAUUCCUGACAACAUUGACUUGCCGAGGACGAAUUCUUGACCUUUGGGAAGACAUCUAUUCAUAUGCCAGAGAGCACUACUUCAUUGGUGACUUGGUUGAAGCUGUCAUUGAUGAUCUCUGGUGUGAUUGUAAAGUGAUCAAAGUGAUUCCACCUAAUGAAGCUGAAAUUGAAGAAUGGAGGGCCUCUUGCAAAGAAGAGUCAAAUGCGGAUGGUGAACAUGAAAGUAAAGGAAAGGCAUUAAAGGAUGCAGAACUUGGACCUCCAGCUUGCCUUUAUAAGUAUGAAGUGGAAGAGAUCCCCGAUGAAGAGGAAGAAGAUGAAAACAGUCAUGAGGCACCAAAGAAAGUAGUUGUUGAAGCAGAUGACAUCAGAAGACUUAAGGGUCUUUUCACCAGGGAGAAGAAUAAGCUGUUCCUUCGUCAGUGUACCGAACUCAAUUCCAAGGGACUUUGGGUUGUCAGGGAGAGGGUGAAGAAAGCAUAUGAAAUUGAUAGCCUGAAGUUUGAUGACAUCUGCAGUGGACCCCAACCCAAAUUCCCAGUGAGUGAAGGCAGCAAGAAGAUGUCCAGGCUGAGCAGCCCUGCAGGCAGUCCCAGAAAAGCCUCCUCCAAGCAGACUGACAUCAGGAAGUUUCUGGGAGACUCCAGGCAACCUGCCAAGAGAGGACCAAAGCCUAAGAACCAGCUGGAUAGGCAGCAGCAUGAGUUUGAUGACAUGCAGAAGAGGAUGAUGGAGCGUUCCGAAAUACAGAAAAAAUUUGAGGAAUUACGUCUUCAGAAAAUGGAGGAUAAGGCUAAGGAGCGCGAAAAGAAGAAAGAAGAGAGACGGCUUUAUCAAGAAUAUCUUAGGGAAUGGAAUAAGCCAAGAGAAGACUUAGAAUGUGAUGAUCUCAAAAUCUUGCCUCAGCCUAGACCGGUACACUGCAGAGUACCAAAUGCUCUGUUUGGGGACAUGAUUCAAGUAUUGGAGUUUCUUCACAUCUUUGCAACCCCAUUGGCUGUGAGGCGGGUCUUCCCCAAUGGCUUGGCCUUUGAACGUUUAGAGAGUGCUCUUAUUGAAGUUGAUGUUCAAAGUCCUCUCUCAGACAUUUUGCAGCUACUCCUUAAGACUGUCUUUGCACUUCAGCGUGAAGAGGAAGCCGAGAUGGGAUCCUCAGCAGAAGAGCUUAAUUCAGAUGUUGGGUCUGCAUUGUUACAAGAGUCCAAAAGUGAUCUUACCAUGGCCCAGGCUGUUGAACAAGCCUCUCAAGCAGCCAUCUGGCCACAAAAACACUUCCGAAUGAAUUUGACCCAACUCCAGAUGGAUGCAUUGACUUUGACUGAAGUCCUUAGGCUCCAUCUCCUGGCAUCAGGUGCUCAAGGAUCUGAGAAGAACAAAGUUUGGAGGUAUCAGCAAAGAGGUGGUUUCUCAGGGACUGAUGAUCCUGGUCUCAUAUUUCGCACAGAGGAAUCAGCCAUUCUGCAAAAGCUGUCUAAUGGCACUGUCUUUGCAUUGUCUCCUGGUGAGAAGUUGAAGAUCUUGACAUGCCUAAUCAAUCAAAUCUUAACAUUUGCUGCCAUAAGAGAUGUUAUGGAUGAAAACAUUGAGAAAUAUCAAGCCCUGCGCAAGGACAUACGUGCUCUCCGAAUGGAUGAGGCCAAAAAAGAGAAAGAAGAGGCUGCUGUUAGAGCUAAGCAAAAACAGGAGGACAAACAUAAACAGGGUGAGAGCAAAGAAAAGGGGAAGGAGAGGAAUUAUGAUGAUCUUGCUGGUGAGCUAAGUGAACGAAAGGACACAAGGAGGAAGACAGAGACACAGAGGAAGGAACGGGAAUUGAUCACUGCCCUGAGCACUGCCAAGGCCACCUUUAACAUCUCCUAUUUAGGCCGUGAUAGGGCCUACAGGCGAUUCUGGGUCUUCUCCUCCAUCCCUGGACUGUUUGUGGAGCAUGAUGAUGAUUAUGUUGGGCUGUGCCUGCCUGUGGCCACCCCAGUGCCCAAAGAAGCAGGCACAAAAGGUCCUACCAAGGAAGAUAUCCGGAAGUUCUUCAACAAGCAGGCUGAUCCACAUCAUGAAGAAAAGAAUGCUGGGAGUGAUAAAGAGAAUGACACUGUCGAGGGGGCACAAUUGAAGACUCCCGAGGUGAUGCGUACGUAUUCCCGCAAGACCCAGGCAAAGUCAGAUGCCCUAACUGACAAGACUGGGAAGGAAAACAUUCCAGCAGUGAAGUCAGAGGAAGUUCCUCAUCCAGAGGACAUCCAUCCGAGUGAAGCAUCUGACUCACCAAAGAUGGAAGUGGAGGAGGAAGAAGAAAUGCCAAAGGAAGAGAAUUGUCUGUGGUUGUGCUCAGCAGAUAAAGACAACUGUGUAGUGCACAGCACCUUCCUACCAAAAACAACAUGGGCCUUUUACAGCACUGCAGAAGAAUUUGACUCCCUGGUUGGAAGUCUGAAUCCUCGAGGGAUCAGGGAAAAGUAUUUACAGGAGACCCUAAUAGCUGACAAGGAGAGGAUUAUAUCUAACCUGGAGAAAUGCCCAGUACAUAAAUUGGAUCUGGAGAGCAGAGAGGGUUUACGCAUGUUGGAAGUAAGAAAAUCAGAACGUCGAAGGGCUGCUGGAGGUCAAAACAUGAACCUCAAUUUCCCACCUGGAACUGCACCUGAGGAAGUCCUUGAACUCACAUUCAGAGAUUUCCUCCUUGAAAUGGAGGAGAAGAUUCAGGGUGGAGGGCUUGGCUCCCUCAAGGUGAAAGACCGUGAUGCUUGGAGGGCUGCAAUUGAACAGCGCACAUAUGAUCAACAGUGUGCCACUCUUCUUUGGGGUGGGCAGUACACUACAAAGAGUAUUCUGGAUUCUCUAGAAGCUGAAGUGAAGGGGGAACCUGAUGAUACAGAUGAAAAUGACGUAAAAGAAAAUAUUCAGGAGAAUGGAGGAAAUGAAGAGGAAGAAGAAAUAGAUGAGGCAGAGAAACACGAGAGGGAAAGGCUUCGACUUGUACGUGAGAUGGCUGCAGCUCUCCUUCAGCUGGGACAGAGUGUGGAAGUGAAAUACCUCCAACCUCCCCUUGGUGAGAGUGACAAGGAGAAGGCUAAGCGGAAGCAACAGCAGCAGCAGCAGCAGAAGCAAGGUCGUGUUGAGGAGGAGGAAGAUGGGGAUGAGGAGUCAGCACGAGCCAAAAAGAAGAAACUCACUCCACUGCAGAGAUGGGAAUUGUCCCUCAAGUCUUGCACUUCUUUCCCCCAACUCUUUCUUCAUUUUUCUGUGCUUGAGAGCAGUGUCAUGUGGUCCCGGUCCGUACUCUAUGCCCGUUGCCGCAUUUGCCGCCGCAAGGGCGAUGAGGCCAACAUGUUACUUUGCGAUGGUUGUGACCGAGGCCAUCACAUCUAUUGUCUGAAACCCAAACUCAAGGUGAUUCCAUCUGGAGAUUGGUUCUGUGAGAGUUGUCGACCCAAGGAGGUGGUUCCUCCCGUGCCAUCACGGAGAAGACGCAUGUUCUCUGAACACGAGGAAGAAGAGGAGGAAGAACAAGCAGAAGAAGAGGAGGAGGAGGAGGAAGAGAAUGAAGAAGUUGAAGAGGAAGACGAGGAGGAGGAAACUCGACCAGAAAAAGAUGAGAGCAUGAGAAGCAGUGAUGAGGAAGAUGAUGAGAAGAUGGUGUAUGAAGAUGAAGAGGAUGAAGAUGGGGGUGAGGAAGAUGAGGAUGAUGGAGAAGAGAAGAGUGAUGAACAGGAUGACUCGAAGGAGGAGCACAUAGAGCUAGAGGUGUGUGGGAAAUGUUCUGAACCAGGAGAAUUGCUCAUGUGUGAUAAUUGUCCUGGGAUGUACCACUUGGGGUGUGUGAAACCUCCACUAUCCCGAGUCCCCCGUGGGAAAUGGUACUGUCACAAGUGUCAGGGUCGAUCUCGUUCAUCUGGCACCGAAGUACUGGCAGAUCCAAAUGUGGUGGAGGUGUGCACAAAAUGUGGGGAAGUGGGACUCCUCCUUCUGUGCGAGACAUGUCCCAGAAUGUACCACCUGGAAUGCCUGAUCCCACCAUUGGCUGCCAUCCCUGAUGGUGACUGGUUCUGCCCUUCUUGUGCCAGGGAUCCAUCAAGCUCUGAGCGCGUUCAUAAAUCUCAGACCUCCAUUGCAUGCCUUCUCAGGAGUCCUCAAAGUGUCGAAGGUCGAAGGGAUGGCAGUAAGAGUAGACGACUAGAGUCACCCGCCCAUGAGGAAGUGUCUGUUCAAGAAGGACGAGGCAAGCGUCAAUCGGCAAGCCGAGCCUCAGAACGUAACGUCCAAGCCAGGAAGCGACGCUCCUCGUCUGGUUCUCGAGAGAGCACUCCUGUCGACGAGGAAGAACUAGUCCCAAGAGGACGAGGCAAGCGUCAAUCAGCAGCCCGAGCUUCAGAACGCAUCACCCAUACCAGCAAGCGAGGACGUUCUUCGUCUGGCUCCCGAGAGAGCACUCCUGUCCACGAAGCACUUAUCUCAAAAGGGCGCGGCAAGCGUCUAUCUGCAGCUCGAGCCUCAGAACGCAUCACUCAAGCCACCAAGCACGGGCGCUCCUCAUCUGGCUCCCGCGAGAGCACUCCCGAGUACUUUGCAACCAGUACAUCUAGACGAAGGUCUGGGCGACUCCGCACCGAUGUGGAGCUGGACUACGCUACUCUGGAGGCCCUUCUGACCGAACUUGCCAAGCAUCCUGAUGCCUGGCCUUUCUUGAGACCUGUCUCGAGGAAAGAGGCUCCAGAUUAUUACGAGGUCAUAGAGAAGCCCAUGGACUUUGGAACAAUGAAGGGAAAGCUCCACAGAGGUGAAUACAAGUCUAAUGUGGAGUUCUUGAGUGACAUCGAGCUCAUCUUUGACAACUGCAAGCUGUACAACUAUGAGACCACCGAGGAGUACAGGUCUGCCGUCCGCAUGACGAAAUUCUUCGAGACGACCGCCAAGGAGCACGGCCUGGCCGUCCCCGAUGGGAACACGCCCCCAGCAGUGAAGAGAUCUAGGCGCUAACGAGGAAGGGACUUUUUUUUGUGGAUCGCUGUUCCCCCGUUAAAUUAUUCAUUUCUUCUCGUCUGUCGUCACGCUGCCCAGAUCGCUCGCGGCGUGGAAUUUGUGCCGCGGAGCAACAGCAGAGCCACGAACGAAUCGAUUCGUGGUAUCAUUCCAGAAGGUAGCAGCACAGUAUUGCUUUAUUCUCUCGUUUCACAUCUCUUAGGUUCUUUGAAGGCAACGUGUUAUCGUGCGAGUCCGUGAUUCAACCUAGUAUGAGAAGCCAAAGGACUGAUUUGCAGUUUUUUUUCAGGAGCAGCAUUUCCCGAAUAAAGAGAUUGUAUAUAUUUUCACCUA